UCAUAGAGUAAGGGAGGAGCUGCUGUUCUUACGGCUGUCCUUAAGGCUGUCCUAGGAACACAGAGACAGAGGUUCAGUGGAAAACUCUAUUAAGCAGUUAUGAAUUCUGAGGAAGAUAUGGAAGACGAAGAGCAUUUAUUAAAUUGCUUCACUUUAGGUCCAGGAUGUAACUGAAUGAACUGUGAAGUUGGCCACUUGGAGGGAGAAAAACAAGAGAGCGAGAAAGAGAGAAUAAGAAAGAGUGAAGACAAAACUGGUCAAACAGCCUGAUCUUGUGUACUCUGCUAAGCUUGGAAGUAGAGAGACAGUUUGAGAAAAGUCCGUAGUUAAUGCUAGGAAAGUCAUCAGACUGUAAUAGGAUUCAGGAUGAGUCGAUGGUUUUCGUGCGCUACUACACACCUUAAUACAGAUUGGAAUAAAUAUGACGACAGGCUGAUGAAAGCAGUAGAAAGGGCUGAUGUGGAAAAAGUUAAUUUGUCCCUUUCUAAGAAAGGGCUGAAUCCGACCAAGUUGGAUGUAGAGGGACGCUCAGCAUUCCAUGUGGCUGCUACCAAGGGAAAUUUGGACUGUUUAAAUGCCAUGUUGAACUAUGGUGUUGAUACCACUGCAACAGAUUCCUCAGGAAGAAAUGCCAUGCACCUUGCAGCAAAAUAUGGACAGUCACUCUGCUUGCAAAAACUGUUGCAGUACAACUGUCCAACUGAAAAUGUGGACGUACAAGGCAGAACACCUCUUCAUGAUGCUGCAAUGGCUGGUUGCUCUUCCAGUGUGCGUCUGCUGUGCGACCAUGGAGCCUCUGUAAAUGCUAAGGAUGGUGAGGGAAGGACUCCUUUGAUACUAGCCACCCAGAUGUGCCGACCUCAGAUUUGUCAGCUGUUGAUAGAACAAGGAGCCGACGUUAAUGCAAGAGACAAACGUAACAGAACUGCAUUGAUGCUUGGCUGUGAAUACAACUGCAGAGAUGCAGUCGAAGUAUUGCUAAAGAAUGGAGCAGAUCCAACAUUAUUAGAUUCACCUGGCCAUGACUGCUUGCACUACGCAAAGCUUACAGGAGAUCCACAUAUUCUGAUCCUGGUAAAAGCUGCAGUUGACAGUGCCAGCAAAGGAAAAGAACAUUCAAAAAAGGAGCAGCAUCAUCUUCAGCAGAAAGAGUUGGUGCAUGCUGUAAGUGACACAAAUGUGCAAGCCAGACGGGAUACUUCACAAAUGAAAGUUCUGGAGACAGAAAAUGAAAAUAUGAAAGAAACUAUAAAGCAGUUCCAUCAGGACCAGAGACUUUUGUUAGACAAAGUCAAUGUUCUACAGCAGCAAUUUAAUCAGGAACGAAUAGCUACUGAUGGUUUACAGAAAGAGAGAGAACAUCUGAAGACUUUGCUGUCAACAAAAGAAAGAGAACAUGAAGAAAGUCUAAAAACUAUAGAUACCUUGCAGUUUAAAAUCAAAACAUAUGAGAAUGACUUUAUGGGUGCUGGAGGCCCUUUUUAUAAAGGGAAAGAUGAAUCUUUGCUCAAGCAGCGGUAUGGUAUAAUACUGGAAACCCAGUCUGUACCACUUCAAGCUCAUCCACAGUCUAGGUCUGUGCUCAGACCACUGGAACUGUCCGUUUCUAAUCAGGCCUGUGUUACUGAAAAUGAAAUGCUGAAGAAAGAUCUGGAGGUAUUGAAGAAAAAAUGUGAAGAAUCUAAAGAGGAGAUUAGUAGACUUCAAAAUGAGGUUUCCGUCAAAGUAACAGAAUGCAGCAGUCUGGCAGCAGAAGGCAGAAAAAUAAAAGAAGAGUCUGAUGAACAAAUAAGGCAGUUGGAAGAUGCACUUAAUGAUGUACAGAAGAGAAUGUUUGAGUCUGAAGGAAAAGUGAAGCAUCUACAAAGCUAUGUUGUUGCACUUAAAGAUCACCUUACAGGUGAAGGCAGUCCAGAGAAAAAGACACUGGAGUCCCUUAAGGAACAGUUACAAGAAUAUAGAUCUAAAUAUGAAGGAACAUCUGCAGAGGUCGAAAGGCUACAGAAGCUACUCAGACUAGAAACAUCAGCUUUAGAGGAACUGAGGAAUGCAAAAGGAAAGGCUGAGGAGGAUUCAAAACGUUUGUUGAAAGAGCUGAGCAUGUCCAUGACAGCAAAAGCUGAGGCGGAACGAAAGUCAGCAGAGGUUGAAGCUAAGUUAAAGACGACGGAGGAGAAAUUGGUGCAGUGUGUGUCUUCUGAAAAAUUUGAAAACAUGAAGAGUCUCUUAACCAAUGCUGUCGAUGAAAAAGAGAAGCAGUGCUUAGAAGUUCAAAAAGCAAAAGAAAGUGUGGAAGAAGAGAAUAGGUUACUUAAAAGGGAAAUGGAGAAUCACAAAACUAAAAUGGCAGGAUAUAUAAUCAUUGGAGAACAUGAAAAAUUAAAAAAUAUCUCAAAUCAUAGAAUUGGAGAACUUGAGAAAGAAAUUUCAGAGUUGUUAAAUAGGAAUCUGAUUGUACAGAAGGAGUUAGAAAGGAACCAACAAGAGAAUAGCAUCCUGAAGCAACAGUUACACAAUUUGUCAAGCAGGAUUAGUACUCAGUAUGUGUCUUUGAAAUCACACAAUGAGAUGAAGCAAGCAUUUGGUCAAGCCAUUGAUGAGCUCAGCCAAACAAAUACAGAGACAGCAGCACAGUAUAAAAAAGUUUCACAAGAAUUAGAACAGGUGAAAAUGCAAAAGGAAAAUUUAAAUGAAAAUGUCACUCGCUUGCAAGCUCAGUCUCUCUCAUCAGAAAGGCAGCAGGAAACUGAAAUGUCAGUCCUUAAGUCUAAUGUUGCAGAACUGAAAAGACAGCUUGAUCUUAUUAAUCAGAAAUGCAGUGAAUUAGAGACAGAAAAAUCAAAGCUACUGUCAGAACAUACUGCCCUAAAUAAAAACAUGCAUGAUAAUUAUGUGCCUCUGUCUUCAUAUAAUGAAAUCAAGGCUACCUUGAGUAAGGCUUUGGAUGCCGCUAAGAAGGAACUACUGGAACAGCAGAAACUGCAUACUGAAGCACACGGAGAAAUAACAAGACUCAAAGAUCAGAAUGGAAUUUUAAGUGAUAAAUUGGAUGAAUACCAGCAAAAAAUACAGGAAGAAUAUAUCAAGUUAAAGGACCAUGAAGAAAUAAAAACUGUAUUAAACAACAGAGUGAAUCAGCUUGAAAUGACAGUUUCAGAAACUAAGAUAAAGUAUGAGAAUGCACGAGAUGAAACGUUAAAACUUCACAGAGAAAUUGAAGCUCAGAAAGAGGAACUGGACACUAUACAUGAAUGUAUUAAGUCAAAGUUUGUUCCUGUCACAGUUCUGGGUGAAAAGCAGAAUGCUUUAGAAGCCAAAGUACAGGAGCUAACAAGCAAACUGAUGGAGCAGAUCCAGCUGUCAGACCGUGCGGAAAAAGAAGCAGUGAAAUACGGUCAGGAAAAUGAAAAUAUGAAGCAAGAGAUUCUCGUAUUGAAUAAGAAAAUUGAAUGUAGCUUUAUUCCCAGAGGUGAAAAUGAAGAAAUGGAAAGGCAUUUUAAAGAAAGGAUAGAUGAUCUUAACAACAAGUUGCAAGAUCUGACCCGGACGUACACAGAUGUGCAACAUGAACGAGAGAGAUUAAAAGAAGAAAAUGAGAGGUAUGUUGCAAAUAUCCAAACACUGCAGAAUCGCAUGCAAGGAGAAUACAUUGUUCUGGAUCAGUUUGAGGCCAUGAAAAAAACACUUAACAGUUCAAUUGAAGAACUACGACAUGAACUAGAGAAAGCAAAAGUUGCAUAUCAGCGUGAAGCAGAAUUAGGGAAGAGACUGCAGCAAGCGCUUGAUAAUCAAAAAGAAUCCUCUGUGCCUUUGAUGGAAUAUGUACAAAUGAAGGAAGCUUCAGAAAGAGAGAUCCUGGCUCUGAAGGAAAAAUGUAAGAAAAGGGAGGAAGAAAUGAAUGUUAAAUUGCAGGAAAUUUCAGUAUUAAAGUCAGAGAUUCAGAGUUCCAGUAGAGCAUUAAGUGAACUCGAAAGUAAAGAUGUAAUUGAACUGUCAGAGUACAGAACUAUGAGAAAUGAAUUUGAGUCCCAAAUUGCUACCCUGAAUGAAAGUGUGGCCAGCUUGAAUAAGAAAUAUAAUGAAAUGUGUGAAGAGGCUGUACGUGCCAAACGAGAUGAACUUGCUGCAAAAGAUGAGAAGGAAACACUCAAAUCAAGAAGCUUAGGCAUUGAACAAGAAAUCAAGGAGCUUAAAGACCGCUAUGACAAAUCCUUAGCAACAAUUAGUGACCUCCAGAGAAGAAUUCAAGAAUCUACCAAGCAAAUAGAGGCCAAAGAUAACAAGAUAAGAGAACUUCUGGAUGAUGCAGAAAAAUUAAAGCAGGCACUAAAUGGGCUUUCUCAACUGACAUACACCAGCAAUACUCCCAUAAAGAGACAAAACCAACACAUUGAAACACUCCAAAACCAAGUCAAAAACCUUCAGCAACAGCUGGCUGAUGCUGAAAGAAGACACAUGGAUGUCAUUUCAAUUUAUCGAACUCAUCUUCUUAGUGCUGCACAGGGUCACAUGGAUAAAGAUGUUCAGGCUGCCUUACUACAGAUCAUUCAGAUGAGAGAGGAGCUUGUUUGCUGAGUGGGUGGAGUUGGUAACAGUGUUACCAAGAAAAGAAGCAUGCCAGUGUAAAAGAAUGCUGUGAUUAGUAGUAUUCUUAGCUCCUUGUGACCUGCUGCGUGUAUAUUCGUAAAUGCUUAUCUGUUGUAAAGGCAGACCAAAACAUACAGCUCUUUAUCACCAUUGUUAGUUAACGGUUUUUAUAGUGUAAUUGCAAACUUGCAUAUAUAGUCAAAAUGAUGACAUACUUGCAUUGCACAUUGGCACAGUGUCUGAUUGACAAGCACCAUAAAGAAAACUGGAGAGGUGAAGUCGCUGAAUCAGUAAUAAGAUUACUGUGGGGCUGCAACAGUUGUAGUGUAAAAGCUGCUGAGAACUGCUUUGAAACAAGAUGGUCAAACAAGUGGAUUUUUCACCAGAGUACAGCAGUCUGUAAGGAUGGUUUUCAAUAGAGCUGCAGGCCUAAAAUGCUGUAGUUUGUCGAAAAACUGUCUGCUGACACUGUGACUCUUUGGAGGGGACAUUGUAUAUUGCAGUAUAGUAAUAACGCAGCCACACAUCUGGUACUGAACUAUAUUAAAUAAUGUGUGUGAUGGAUGUGGAUUAGGGUAGUCAAUAUAGGAACCUGGCUGGCCAGGUUGCAUUCUAUUUAACUAACUUAAAUGCAGAUGCCUUUGUUUUGUUAAUACAGAGCAGCGUGUUCAUUGUACACUCCAAAGUUGUAUGCUUUUUAUAGAUAUAUUUUUCCAAUAUACCGUGAUUAUAACAAGAUUGUCUUCAGCAGGGCUGGAAGUAUAUAUGGUGUAUUGACUGACAUUUGUUUAUUUCUUCAUAAAUGAUUUGCUUUUUAUAUUUUAUGAUUACUUUCUUUUGGCACAUUUAUCCCAGUUAUAAACUCAGAAUGUUACAAAAAUCAUAGUGAAAUAACUGAAAUGCUUCCGUAUUUUGUAAAAUUAUUUUUUCAGUAAGGGUUCAUUAUUUUUUGCAAAGUCAUAAAAUCAGCAACUAAACUUACAGAAUUCCACACCAUGCUGUUUUAUUUAAUGUUCGACUGUGUCUGACUGUCUGGAGAACUUGAACCAAUUUUGUAAACUGACAAAUGUAUGCUUCAAUAUCUUACUGUAGUUUUAAAUGUGGGUCCCAUUAAGUUCAAGCCAUACUGUAUAUGGUUUCAUUAUAACACAGACAUGUUUUGUAAAUUGAUUAAUGCACCAUGGUGUCUUACUGUAGUUUUAAAUGCAGGCCCCAUUAAGUUCACACCAGGCCUUUUGUGGUAGCAUUGGAGUCAAACAAAAUACAGGGAAACUAAAAAUCCAAUUCAGGAAUAUGGGUCAUGUCUCUAUGAUUGUAUUGUGCCACUUUAUUUUGUCCUGUAAAUUAACAAAUCCAUGCUCAUCUGACUUGUGUAUGUAAUGUCAUUUUUUAAAUUAUAGUAAUUAAAUCCUAAAGGAAAAAUGCCUCUUUGCAAAGCUGACCUAGGAGCAUUGACAGGUUAAGUGAUUUGUUCAGGAUCACCCCUUUUUGAAUUGAUGACUGAGGGAAGCAAACUCAGGGCUGUAGAAUAAAACUUAUUAGCAGCUUUUAACUGGAACCAUUUGAGACAGAUAUCAGUUUUUCCAUAUUAGCAUGUUGUAUUUGAUGUAGACAUGUUGCAAGUUGCAGCAUGUAGUUAGUAAAUUCACAGAGCAGACCUAAAUCUGUUCAGAAUUUAUACUUCAGUGUCUGGAUCUUAAUUGGGUCCCCACAGUUAAAAAUGUGGUUACCAUAGGGGUUCUAUUAAAAGCUUUCAUUUCAGUAUAUAAGGAAUAUUCGAGGUUUGGAAUGAAGUCUUUUUUUACCAGAGAUGUGAAGAUGAACAGUAUGGAGUAUGUAAGCGAUGCAGAAAGGAUGGGUAAGUGACUUGGCAAGUUUGGAAAAUGGUCGGAAACUCAGAAUUAUGCAUUUGGGCCACAGUUGUCUGCAUAAAGAGUAUACAGUCUGAGGGGAACCAGUAGAAACAAAGAUGUUAAAAAGGGAUCUGGGAGUGCCUGUGUAACAUGAACUAAAGGUAGAACAGCACUGCGGUUAUCAGCAAAAGAAGUUGGAUGGUCUACUGCCACUCCUUUAUAUAGACAGUUGUUAAAACUUAGUAGGACUGUUUUGUGCAAUUUUGAUGGCCUUAUUUCCACUGGUGCAUAUGAUACAGGCGGUGCAGGCAGCAGGUACCGUUUAAAGAAAGUGUAAUAUAAUUAGAGUCUUGCAGAAAAAGAGGCUUCUUGGGGGAAUAUGACUAAACAUUUUAAGUACCACAGUGUGUGUUGGGGGGGGGGGCAAGUUCAAAUAGGUAUUCCCUUUUCAGAUGGAUAACAUAAAGAAGAGUUUGAAGAUAAUGGAAGGCUAGGGAGAGUUGCAGGGAAGUAUACAUUUUUGAUUUUAAAAAAUUGGCAGAAGAUUGGCAUAGCUCUUUUGAAAAGGUGUUUGAAUGAAAAACAUUGACAGAAUUUUUCAAGAAUGUGUGAGAAAGAAUUAUUUAAGACUGGAGGGAAAGACACAUAAGGCAAUUCCUGGGUCAUAAAAAGAAAAAAAAUCUGUCAGGACCUACAGCUUAUUCAUAAUCAAUGAGAAACAGGCAAAUUCAGUCUGUUAGCUGUCAUAAUCUGUUUCCAUGGCUGAACUUUAUACAGGGGUUAAUGUGUUUUGAUGUCUAAUUUAUUUUUUAAAUCAUGUAAUACCAAGUCAUUGCAAUCUGCUUUGUUCCCCUUUUUUCUAAUUACUAUUCAGAUUUUCAGUCACAAUUUUCAAACUAUAUUUUUACAUCAGAAUAAAUCUCAAGGCAAACCAUGCUGUGUUCUAAGAUGCAUUAAAUUCUCACUUGUAUAAAAUGUUUUGUGUAACUGAAGCAAUGGCUGUAUUUUGUUUAUUUGUGCCUGUCAUCAGUAUGUAAAAAAAAAAAAAAAAAAAAAUUGAACAUCUGCUUCCCUCUUGUGGUGAUUUUGCCACACUGCAAUAAGAAAAUGAAUUGACUGAUACCAAAGUGAUUCUUUAGAUGUCCUGUUCAGUAAAAUAUAAAUCAUGGUACGUUUUUAGAAUUUCGUUAUGCUUCUCUUGAAAUAUGUGAACAAAU